UGCUAAUACAUCUCAAAACAAUUUAGAAUAAUUUUGAUAAAAAUGUUAUUGUAAAAUAUUUAGCUGAAGUAUAGCAGCGAUUUAAAUAAGGUCAUAAUGGCUGAUGGCAAUAGUGCUGAUUCAGCGCAGCAGGUGCAACGCCUAGAGGAAGAAAAUCGAAAAAUGCAAAUUGAAUUUAAUAUGCAACGUGCAAAAAUGAAAGAUUUGUUUAUACAAAAGGAGGCAGAACAUACUAAAUGCCAAACAGAAAAAAAAUUACUAGAAAAGGAAUUGGACGAGCUCAAAAGCCAAUUUCUAGUUGCCGAUCUAAAAUGUGAAAAUGAAAUGCGUUUAAAAGAAAUGAGGUCACAGGAAGAGAUUUCAUCAUUGCAGCAAAUGGUACAAGAUACCUUUGAGGAAACCACAAAUUGUAAAUCGGAAUUAGAACGAAUAAAACAAGAAACUGACAAGCUUCGGAAUGAAAAUCGUGAACUCCGAGAGAAUUUGUUGCAUGCGCAGCAAAAACAACAACAACCACUACAACAAGACUUGGGUUUGGGACCGCAAAUGUUAAAUCAAGUAAAAAAAACUUUGGUACGUAAAUUAGGCGGUGAACGUUCUGAUGGAGGUUCCUUGUUAGGUAAUAGUUUUCAUCAAGAGAGUAUUGAUGAAUCUAAUCGAACUAGAGACAGCAAUAAACAAUAUGCACAUGAAGAUGCUGAGGUGCUGGAAACGAUAUUGGUGCAGUUACAAGAAGAAAUGAAUGUAUUAAAAGAGAAAUUGCGUGAAGCUGAUGAAAAAUUACAAACUAAUCCACCAAGUACUGUAGUAGAAAAUGAAUCUGAUAAUCAAAAUAAAACAGAUUGUCGUAGUAUAAAUAAGUCCACUUCCUUUGAUGUGACAAAUACAGUAUGCGAUUCAUGUCUUACUUUCGAAACAAAAAUUCAAGAAAUGGUGACAAAACAAAAUUGGUACGAAGAAAAAGUAGAAAGUUUACAAAAGAAUAUAACGGAAUCUUGUGAUGAUUUAAAGAAAGAAGCAGCAUUACGCAAAGAUUUAGAAGAGCAAUGGCAAGAAAAGAGAGAGGCACAUAAAACAGAAGUUCAACUUCUGCGUGAGCAGGUUAAACAAAAUGAACAACAGCUGUUAGAGCUACAACAGAAAUUUCACAAUACGAAGGAUGAAAUUGGUCGUCAACUUCAACGUGUGACUGAUGAUAGGGAAACGGUGAAUAAACAAUUAGAAAUGCUACAAGCUGAUAAUGAUUUUCUUUCUGGACUUUAUUUGGAAACUGCAGAAGAAAUUGAUAAUCAAUUUAUAAAUUUACCGAAUACUGUUGGAGAAUUACAGGAACUUAUGUUACGACUGCAAAACGAAUUAAUACAAGCUCGUGUUGAUAGUGAAUUCAAAAAGAAAAAAUGUCUUAGUUCAAUAGAUGAAAUACAAAUUCUACGCGAUCAAUUAAAUGCUAGCAGUAAUGAACAACGGGAAUAUAAGAAAAAGGUGGAAAAAUCUACCAAAUCACUACAGGACCGUUUGACAGAGCAUAUACGUAAAGUUCAAGAUUAUGAAACGACAAAGAUUGCACUGGAAAGAAGAGAAUCAGAAUUAAAUAAACAAAUUUCUGAACUACGUGUUGAUAUAAUUGAAUUGCAAGAAAAAAAUGAAAAAUUAAAUAAAAUUAAUUCUGACUCCAAAGCCAAAAUAAAGAAUCUUCAAGAUGAUUUAAUAACAAGUGAACAAGUGCAAAAAGAUUUUGUUAAAUUAUCACAAACAUUGCAGAUGUCUUUGGAGAAACUAAGACAAGCUGACACAAAUGUCCGCUGGCAGGAUGAUGAAGAUAUAGAUAAUUGUCCAUCAUGUAGUACAAAUUUUACUGUAACUGUACGUAGAAUACAUUGCCGUCACUGUGGUAUUAUAUAUUGCGAUAAAUGUCUUACAAAAACUGUUCCAUCGGGACCACGUAAAAGAGUCGCUCGAGUCUGUGAUAUGUGCCAUACUUUACUAACACCAAAUACAGCACCGUACUUUAGUCACGAACCGAUGUCGUCAUCAUAAGCCUUUGUAUGACGUAUGACGUUAAAAUGAGUUUAUGCAUUAAAUUAUUCUUUUUUUUAACGCAUCAAAUUAUUUCUUCUUUUGAUGUAGUAGCAUAGGAUAUAUAAUUGGAUUAGCAUAAUACUGAAUUUCUUUUGAAUAUUAAUUAUAAAUGUGUGGUGUAAGAGUUAAUAUUAAAAAUUUUAUAAAAAUGAAAAUACAUAUGCUAUUUCUUUUCAAAAUUAAAAAAAAGUUAUAUUAAUAUAAGUUUCCAAAACUUUAAAUUGUGUACUAUGUUUAUUCCGAUUAGAAACAAUAUCAUAAAUUGU